CAGAUAUUGCUUUUUCUGUAAAUUUAUUAGCCAGGUACAGUUCUUCCCCAACAAGAAGGCAUUGGAAUGGUGUCAAACAUAUAUUCCGAUAUCUCAAUGGUACAAUCGAUCUUGGAUUGUAUUUCAAGAAUGGUGCAAAUGCCACUUUAAUUGGCUACGCGGAUGCAGGAUACUUGUCUGAUCCACAAAAGGCAAAAUCACAAACAGGAUAUUUAUUCACCUAUGGUGAUACCGCUAUAUCAUGGAGAUCAAUGAAGCAAACAUUAACUGCAACAUCAUCCAAUCAUGCGGAAUUAAUUGCUCUUUAUGAAGCAGGUCGUGAGUGUGUCUGGUUGAGAUCAAUGAUCCAGCACAUACAAAAUGAAUGCGGUAUAAAAUCUUUUACUUCUAAUCCUACUGUGAUUUAUGAAGAUAAUACAUCAUGUAUAGCUCAGAUCAAAGGAGGUUACAUCAAAGGGGACAGAACAAAGCAUAUAGCACCAAAACUUUUCUCCACACAUGAUCUUGAGAAAGACGGAACGGUUGAUGUCAAACAAAUCAAGUCAUGCGACAACCCUGCU